AUGUCUACAAACGAGGCCUCUAAAAUAGAAGAAGGUGGAGUAAAGGCACAAAGAGAUUCGGGCUUUUGUGGUUCUCCUGAGGUAGUUCAAGUUAUACAAAAGGUAAUUGCAGAGGUAAUAGGGACAUAUUUCUUAGUAUUUGCAGGGUGUUGCUCUGUUGUUUUGAAUAAAAUUGAGGGCAGUGAAGGGACAAUAACGUUCCCUGGGAUUUGUGCGGUAUGGGGUUUGACGGUGAUGAUCCUAGUAUAUUCACUCGGUCACAUCUCUGGUGCGCAUUUCAAUCCAGCAGUCACUGUCAGCUUUGCCAUUUAUCGCCAUUUUCCUUUGAAACAGGUGCCACUAUAUCUUAUUGCACAAGUAUUAGGAUCUAUUCUUGCUAGUGGAACAUUGUACCUUCUCUUUGAUCUAAAUGAGAAAUCCUAUUUUGGAACAGUUCCAACUGGGUCUCAAAUUCAAUCCCUUGUUUUUGAGCUACUCACAUCAUUUCUCUUAAUGUUUGUUGUUUCUGCUGUGUCCACUGAUAAUAGAGCGAUUGGAGAGCUAGCAGGCAUUGCUGUUGGCAUGACAGUGUUAAUAGACGUCUUCAUUGCUGGACCUGUGUCAGGAGCAUCCAUGAACCCAGCCAGAAGCCUUGGACCUGCUUUGGUGAUGCACAUUUAUGAUGGAUUUUGGAUUUAUAUUGUUGGACCAUUUGUUGGAGCAAUACUAGGUGCCUCAGUCUACAACUUGAUUAGGUUUACCGACAAACCACUGAGAGAGCUCAGUUCAAGGCCAAGUUUUCUUAGCAGAGGAAGUUUUCGAUAG